CUUUUUUCCUCCACAUUAUCUUUCAUACAUUACCCACAAACCAUCACGAUGACGUAGCAAACUGCAGACAUCAAGAUGGUGCUUGAAAGUACUAUGGUCUGUGUGGACAAUAGCGAGUACAUGCGAAAUGGGGACUUUGUGCCUACCAGGCUACAGGCUCAGCAGGAUGCAGUUAAUAUUGUUUGUCACUCCAAGACCCGCAGCAACCCUGAAAACAAUGUGGGCCUCAUCACCAUGGCAAACAACUGUGAGGUGCUGACCACACUGACUCCAGACACGGGGAGGAUACUGUCAAAGCUGCAUGCUGUGCAGCCUCGUGGAAACAUCAGCUUCUGCACUGGCAUCAGGGUGGCACAUUUGGCACUGAAGCACAGACAGGGCAAAAACCACAAGAUGCGCAUCAUUGCAUUUGUUGGCAGCCCAGUGGAGGACAACGAAAAAGAACUGGUCAAAAUGGCAAAACGUCUGAAGAAAGAAAAAGUCAAUGUGGAUGUCAUUAACUUUGGAGAGGAGGAGAUGAACACAGAGAAGCUGACAGCCUUCAUCAACACACUGAAUGGCAAAGAGGGAGCAGGCUCUCACCUGGUCACGGUGCCGCCUGGCCCUAGUCUUGCUGAUGCCCUGCUGUCCUCACCCAUCCUGGCUGGAGAGGGAGGUGCAGUGUUGGGCCUGGGUGCCAGUGACUUUGAGUUUGGAGUGGAUCCUAGUGCAGACCCAGAGCUGGCCUUGGCUCUGCGGGUGUCUAUGGAGGAGCAGAGACAACGACAGGAGGAUGAAGCUCGCAGAGCUGCUGUUGCAUCAGCUGCUGAAGCUGGCAUUUCCUCUCCUGCUGCAGAUGAGUCUGAAGCUGCCCUGUUGAAGAUGUCCGUUCCACAUACAGACUUGUCCACACCUGCUCUGCCAGACUUCAGCCGCAUGACUGAGGAUGAACAGAUUGCCUAUGCUCUGCAGAUGUCCAUGCAGGGAGCAGGAGCAGAGUUUGGUGCUGAGGACAUGGACACUGGGGCUGACAUGGAUUCUAGUGAGGCGAAGGAUGAAGAGGACUAUGAUGUUAUGCAAGAUCCAGACUUCCUUCAGAGUGUCCUGGAAAACCUUCCUGGAGUCGACCCCAACAAUGAGGCCAUUCGUAAUGCCAUGGGCUCUCUGGCUUCCCAGACGGGGCCUAAACCUGAUACCAAGAAAGAUGAGGAGAAAAAGAAAUAAAUGUUCAGAGAGGAACUGAAGAUAUGAUAAUUACAAGAGCUGACAAUUGCACUGCAUGUUGUUCACAGUAACAUAUUUACUCUCCUACCGUAAGCAUUUUGUUCACCUUUUUUAAUGUAGCUGUAUAAACUGUAAACAGCCUUUGCCUUUUCUGAUUUUAGGGCCUAUUCUGAUUUCCACAUGCUUACUUUUGAAUCCUUUGUAAUAUAAUGACUCAGUAAGAUGGGCAGAUUUCCUCAAUAAAUUUACAGAAUCCAGAUGGUAA